UUCGUACCAUCGCCUCCAGAACGCCAAAAUACAUUUCCCAGAGCACGCCAGCCCUCCUGUCUAUCAAAUGCGCUGCUCAUAGGGAGUCGUGGUGCUGCCUUUUCUACUCGUCCCAACGUUGCGUGGCGAGCUUGGCGAAUGCUGCCCUCGGCCCUCCUCCCCAACUCACUUCCGCCUGCCUCACGAGUGCUUUGCAACUACUCCGAGACGCUUGCGCCGCUCGCUCGCGCCCAAAUUCCACCACGAUGGACAACCCGGUGGAUGUUAUUCCUUCGGUCGAGCCCGCUGCCGCCAACAAUGACGAUUCCACCGCCAAAAUUGCUCUGACACCACCGACGAGCGAAGACUUGGACAUCAAGAGGGAACCGACCAUGUCGUCUGAACUGUCCGACAUUGAUAGCGACGAUGGAGAAGAUAUAGAGCCUGACCAUUAUUGGGACGGCGGCAAAAUCCCCGUUUUUUGUCCAACUAUGGAUCAAUUCCGCAACUUCCAACGGUUCGUCGAAAAGGUGAACAAGUAUGGCAUGAAGUCGGGAAUCGUUAAAGUGAUACCCCCAAAAGAGUGGCGAGAGUCGUUGCCAGACCUUUCCGAAGCAGUGAAGUCGAUCAAAGUAAAAAACCCAAUCACACAGGAAUUCGCCGGCCAACACGGCAUCUACACUCAAGCGAACAUCGAGAAGCAGAGAUCUUAUAAUUUGCCCGAAUGGAAGGCAGUUACCGAAGAAGCGCAUCAUCAGCCGCCAGCCAAGAGAGGUGAGCGACGCAGAGCUGCCGCCGAUGCCCCUACUCGUACACGUUCUACAAGAGCUCAGGCAUCGGCUGCAAGCAAGGGCGACACCACACCUGUGUCUAAGCGUGGCCCCGGACGACCUCGGCGCCGCCCACUCAAGCCUGUAGCAAGAGACGAAGAGGACGACGAUUCAUCUGUCGAGGUUCCUCCUACGCCGAAAUCCCCCAUGGAAGAGGAUAAGAAGCCGUCGAGGAGAUCCAAAGACGGCCAGGAUGAUGCUGCGCCUACAAGAGCGAGAGGCCGACAGCCGAGAGGAGAACAGAAGAAGUCGACUGCCUCUCGUCGCAUGAACAAUCGAACCGCCAUGGCAGAUUUCAUUGAUGAAGAAGCCUUCGAGGAUUUCGAUUAUCAUCUUGCCCACAUCGACGAAUUCACUCCCGAAAGAUGCAAAGAACUGGAGGAAAACUACUGGAAAACCAUCAACUACGGUUCACCAAUGUACGGUGCUGAUAUGCCCGGAUCCCUUUUUGAAGACGAAACAACAAGCUGGAAUGUUGCGAAACUCCCCAACCUGCUGGAUGUUCUUGGCACUAAGGUGCCUGGUGUCAACACUGCAUAUCUCUAUCUGGGUAUGUGGAAGGCCACUUUCGCAUGGCAUCUGGAGGAUGUCGACCUUUACAGUAUCAACUACAUUCACUUCGGAGCUCCCAAACAGUGGUACAGCAUUUCUCAGGAAGAUGCUAGGCGAUUUGAAGCCGCCAUGAAGAACAUAUGGCCGCGCGACGCUAAAAAUUGCUCCCAAUUCCUCCGGCAUAAGACCUACCUUAUUUCACCACAACAACUAGAAAAGCAGUUCAACAUCAAAGUCAACCGCCUUGUCCAUUACGAAGGCGAGUUCGUCAUUACCUAUCCGUAUGGCUAUCACUCUGGUUACAAUAUCGGAUACAAUUGUGCCGAGUCGGUGAACUUUGCCAACGAAUCCUGGUUGAGCUACGGCAGGAUUGCUAAGAAAUGCGAGUGCGAGGCCGACAGCGUCUGGGUCGAUGUUAAUGAAAUCGAACGGAAGUUAAGAGGUGAACCAACACCCGAGUACUAUGAAGAAACCGACACGGAAGAUGAAGAUGCUGCGGACCAUCUGCCCAGUCCACCACCAAGUGUGGCUGGUAAACCUAAAGGUAGACCAGGCCGAAAGCCGGCGGGCAACAAGCGCAAAAGAGGAAAUAAGGAACCGGAAGAGGCUCCCAAGACGAAAAAGAUCAGGCGCAUUCGCAUUCGCAUCAAGGUCCCUGGAAGGGGUAUGCCCUGUGUUCUCUGUCCUAACGAUGUUGAGUACGAUGAACUUCUUCCUACCGACAAUGGCCUGAAAGCCCACCGCAUCUGCGCCGACUACACACCGGAGACAUUCAUUUCGAAGAAAGGCGGCAUCGAUACCAUAUGCAAUGUUGCAAAUAUCGGGAAAGAUCGUUUGGAACUGAAGUGCAACUACUGCCGCUCAAAACGAGGCGCCGUCUUCCAAUGUUCACAGAAGAAGUGCACCAGAGCCUUCCACGCCACUUGUGCCAUGGCAGCAGGUGUGCAAGUAGACUUGGGCCCUAUGCCAACGUUCGACGAGGAGGGUACAGAGUAUUAUUACGACGGUUACGACUUCCGUUGCCGUUUCCACAGACCAAAGAAGAGGAACAACAAGACUGUGGACGUGGAUGCUUUGGAGAAGGACAAGUUCGUCAUGAACUACGCCAAGAUGCUGAAACCGAAAGACGCCGUGCAAUUCCAGUACGUCGGUGGAGAAAUGUAUCAGAUCUACGGUGCUACGGUGGUAGAGAAUAGACCUGGAGAGCAGGCUAUUCUCGUCGACGUUCUUCCUGACGGGGAUCGCGUUGAAGUAGAGUGGAAGUAUCUUUUGAAACUGGAACCGGCAGAAUCUCAACGUCUCAAACCGUCUGCUAACGCGAAACCUCUCCCUGAGCACCUCAAGGAAACCGAUGCUUCCCUCGAUAUGUCAAACCGCACAGACGGCGUUCCGGACAUGGGCGACCCAUUCCAGGAUCCUAAUGCAGUGCAGAAAUGGGCUGAGUUCAAUACCGCUCCCGACGUGACUCAGAAAAUUAGCCGAGUUGAUCUCAGUAAGGAAAACCAGCUAUGGUAUUAUCUAGGAAAGACUUCCACGGAAGCACGACCACAAUACACGGAAAACCCAGCGAAGCAGGAGCACAAUUCCAAGAGCAACUUCUUGGACACGGUCAGGCCCCCACCGCCGAUUGUGCCAGCUUUUCAACAUCGUUCGUAUCCGGCCUCCUAUCCAUUGAAACCGGCGCCUGUCUCCAUCCCACCAAGGACUCCAAUUCAGUCGAAUCGGCCAUAUAUGUACAAGCCAAAGGAAGCGAUGAUGUCUACGUUCAGGUCCCCGAACUACAACCCAGACACUCGCAAGAAUCCCAAUUCCCCUGUCGCGCACCAGCCAAACGCGUACAGUUACCGCUCCACAAAUCCUCCCAAUGGACAGCCAGUAUAUCAAAAUACUUAUCAAAAUCAUCGUCCCUCACAGCAGUAUAUCCCCUAUGCUCCGCCACCAACUGGACCUGUCUCAGCAUCCAAGUCCCUGCUCGAGGGUAUUCACCAGUAUGCCUCUCCAUAUGCGACUCACUCACCUGCAUCGCCUAGGGACCUCCAACCGCUGCCUUAUGCUUCUGGACAAGGCCAAGGCUCUGCUUAUCGACCACCAUAUGGAUCUUUCGUCGCUCCUUCACAGCCUUCUUUGCCACCCCGCAGUGGUGCUCCCGCCUCAAGCGUGCUAAGCAAUCCCGUUGGGACCAGCAAACCUCCAAUUCCUGGUGGCGGAUUUACGUCGGAAUGGGCGCCUAAACCUACUCCCGGAGGCUCUGCGCCGCCGCAUCCCUUUGGUGCACAACCAAGUCCCCGUAAUGGACGACUCAGUUUCACUGGUGAUUUGCCAACCAGCCCUCCAGUUGCAAGGCCAACUCCGCAAUUUCAGUCGGCAGAUGCAUUCCAACGAGACCUUGCUCAGGCUCAACGUCACCCUAGCGGAACUCCCAAAUGGGAUCAAAUGUUCCAACAGCUGAACACAAACAACAAAAAUUUACACAGCCCUAGUUUACCGAGGAGUCCGGCGUACAUGCAGCCUCUUGCACCGCGUCUACCCAGCGCAUCCAGGUCAUCGGCAGCUCCUGUCCUAGCACCGGCCCCACAAUUGAGCCAUACGCCAUCACUACCACCCCCGAACGAGCCACAACGACCCAUUCCGAGCCCCCUUAGCGAUGCGGCAAAGAGCCCCACCGCCGGGACUGAGAACGUAGUACCGGAGAAGCCCGCGGUACACUCUGGAGAGACAUGGCGGUAUACGCAGUAG